ACGUAAAGGGGGAGAUAUUCCAUGCAUAGCCCAAGAACUUUGAGCUGUUGCUGAGUGUCAGAACACAUUCACAUCAAGGAGGGCAUAAUGGCGGAGAACGUGCCGUCCCUUACUCUAAAUAAUGGCGUAAAAAUGCCCAUCAUUGGACUUGGAACUUUCCAAGGAACUUACGAUUACAAGAGCCCUUUCGAUACUGUAGUCGAAGUAACCAAGGCUGCAAUAGACGAUGGCUAUAGGCACAUAGACACAGCCUUUAUCUAUGAUACAGAAAAACCUGUCGGGCAUGCCAUCAAUGAGAAGAUUAAAGAGGGCGCUGUGACACGAGAUGAAGUAUUUAUCACCUCCAAGCUGUGGAACAACGCUCACGCCCGCGAAGAUGUCCAGGUUGCAGUGAAGAAGAGUCUCCAGGCGCUGGGGAUGGAAUAUAUUGAUCUCUUCCUCGUUCACUGGCCGGUGGCUUAUAAGAGCGGCGAGGAAUGUCACCCCAAGGACGCAGAUGGGAAAAUAGCCGUUGCGGACGAUGACGAACAUGAUUACCUUGAGACAUGGAAGGGUAUGGAAGACAUACUGGAAGCAGGGUUAGUUAAAGCUAUCGGCGUCUCCAAUUAUAACAUAGAUCAAAUGCGCCGACAGGUGGAGAAUUGCAGGAUAAAGCCAGCUGCCUUAGAGAUCGAAACACACCCAUUCAUGGCCAAUGAGGAACUGGUGGAUUUCUGUCAGACGCACGGGAUAGCCGUGAUCGGGUAUAGUCCCCUGGGGAAGCCCGGACGCUCUUGGAAAACGGAAGGAGACCCGGAUAUUUUCACCAACGAAACCAUAGCAACUAUUGGGAAGAAAUACAACAAGUCUCCUGCACAGGUGGCGCUUCGGUACCAAGUCCAGCGACAAGUUUGUCCUGUGCCCAAAACUAAGACAUUGUCAAGGCUGAAAGAAAAUAUAGAUAUAUUUGACUUCGAACUCUCUGGAGAUGACAUGAAAAAGCUUGAGAAACUUAACCAGAACUUCAGGGUAUUGUGGCUGGAGAGUCUAAAACACAGCAAAAAUUAUCCAUUCCAUUCGUAAAUACAGGACUAAGAGGUGUAUCAUGCUGAAUUAAGUCUCGCGAACGGUGGAUCAUCCCUCAUAUUCGUCAGACAAACGUCCAAUAUACCGGUGAUAUCUUGCAGUUUACUUUUUGUCUUUUUGUCUUUUGUCUAUUUUUUUGUCUUGAAAAAGGCGCCAAACUCGAGAUGGGUUUUAUUCUUCACAUUUAAUUGUGGUAAUACAUCCACACAGAGCAGCAACGGACUCAAACCUCAAUCAAAUUUGCCUUAAAACCAUAUGCGUACAGAGGAUGAACGAAAUGGGGGG